AAGUUAUUUGGAUUUCGAUUUAUAUGUUGAAGAGCUGAAAAACCAAAGUAUGAUCGAUAGAAAGUGGUUACUGCCAAUAUUAAAAUCAAAACUAGACCAGCCAAACCAGGGAAUUCUUCUAGCAGCUGACAUGGGUUUUGGUAAAUCUUCGAUUGUAUCUAAUAUUGUUUGUGCACAACCAAACAGUGUCUGGCAUCAACUGAAGAAACAUGUUUUAGCUUACCAUAUGUGUAGGUAUGAUGUAAUAAGUUCAUCAAAGCCUGAUAUAUUCAUUAAAAAUUUAGUUGGCACAAUAGUUAAACAAAUACCAGAACUUGGGAAUUCUAUUUUGUCAGAUGACCGAGCCUUAGAUUUUCUUUAUGGUGUAAGAUGUAGAGAAGACCCUGUUGGCUGUCUCGAAUUUUCUCUACUCAACCCACUGAAGAACGCUUGGAAAGAACGAAGUUUUAUCAUAAUUAUUGAUGCAAUUGACGAAUGUCAAACAACAGAUGGCCACAGUCUUCAGGAUUUACUGUACAAAAGAUUGCAAUUUUUUCCUAACAACGUCAAAUUUUUUAUAACAAGUCGAAAUAUUGAGCAAAUUACAAACAAAUUCAAAACUCUUGAAACCGUCUUUCUUGAUAACCAUACACUGGAGAACCAUGAAGAUGUACGUUCAUACAUUGAUAAAACACGAAAACUUAGUGAUAAAGAAGUUGCAAAACUGACAAAAGUUUCAGGUGGAAACUUUCUUCACGUCAAACUAUUCUUGAACUAUUGCAUACAGAAAGGUUCAUGUGAUUACGAUCAAAUUCCAGACACUUUAGAAAGAAUAUAUGUGCUAAAUUUUGAAAGAGUAUUUGGGAAAAAGGGACUGUUUGAUAAUUUUGUGGAUAUGUUUGCAGUGUUAUGUUCAUUACAACAUCCUAUUGAUGAAGAUAAAUUACUAGAAGUAUCAGGAAUGAAAACAAACACAAGAGUGCGAGCUCGUCAAAUUUUAGGCAACGAGCUUGGACACUUUUUGAAGGUUUCUGACGGUAGGCUUUCGUUUCAACACAAAUCACUAGCUGACUUUCUUACAAAUUCUUCCAGAAAACAUUUGAAUUUUUAUAUUGACAUCAAGAGAGGCCACAAACUUUUUGCUAAAUUCUUGUUACAAUCCUUAAAUCUGACAGAAAGCAACAGUUUAUUAGAGGUAGUUCAUCAUGUAGCCUUGUCUAAAGAUGUUGAUUUUGAAGUGUUGCUCAUAAAUCAGGUAAGAGAAUUAAACCUCGGCCACAAUGUAAUAGGUACAGAGCUUUUAUUUAACGCAGUGAGAGAGUAUGAUUCGUACGACACGGUACAGUUAAUGAUAAAAUUGAUCAGACUUAACGCCUCAAACAUCAAUGAAGAGCAGUUGUCGCAUUCAGCUUUUAUAGCAAUAGCAAAUGAACACGAAGAAUCAUUCAGAGCGUGUUUGGAAAAUGGUGCAAACAUCAGUUAUAUUUAUGAACCAAUAUUUCGGUCAGCAACUGGUGACUAUACAUAUAUUUGCAAGUACGUAUAUUUUUGUAAAUACAGUCUUUUACAUUUAACCGCUCAAAAGGGAUAUCUGAAAAUUGCAGAAUCUUUGCUGGAAAAACAGAUUUCAUUAUUAUAUCUAUACAACUCUUUAGGACUAAAUGCUUUUCAGUUGGCUGCUGAACAUGGCCAUACAUCUAUAAUGGAAUUGUUUCUAAAUUACAACAGCUCUUUAGUGGACUUUUAUUCUCUGUAUCUAUCAGCACAGCACGGGGAAUAUAGAGCUGUAAAACUGCAGUUAGGUUAUGUUGGCGAUGUGUGCAGGCCAUGUGUAUUAUACCCUUAUAUGCUUAAUAUGUAUAGAUCGUGGGUACAAUACCAUAGUGAUGUAACAUCAAAGACCAGUGGUAUCAAGUAUCAAGUGACACUUCACUUCGAGAGUUGGUAUGCAAACUUAGAUAAUUUGUUUAGGUGUGAAUCCGCAUUAAAUGCAGCAACCAGAAAUGGACACGUUAAUAUUAUGAAACUUCUUAUAAGUAAAAGCAAUGAUACAUUGAAUUGUCCUUCAUUAGAUGGUUCUUUCCCGUUAAUAUCAGCGGUAGCAAACAACCGAACGGAGCUGUUCAAGAUAUUGUAUGAAACAGGAGCAAAUAAAUUACAAAGAUGUCACAACAUGCAGAAUCUAACUUACCGUUACUUGAUGGAAGAUCAAACUUAUUUUAAUAUAUCUAUGACAUAUCUUAAACAGCCCUGUCCGCAUUUUGGAGGUGUUGAACAUUUAGUAGCUAUUUAUGAUAAUUUGGAUAUCAUACAUCUCACACAUGAGAAAGGAUAUCAUUCUUGGUCUUCUAGAGACAUUGACGGAGUGACGCCAAUUCACUAUGCGUUCUGUCACAAUAGCAUUAACUUCUUGAACUAUAUUGUAUUGGGAAAUAGAUCUCCAUAUCCGCUUUCAAAUUUAAGAUCAAAUAAUGGCUCUACGCCAUUCCAUUCUGCAGCUAUUUGUAAAUCUGUCGCACUAUUUUACUUCUUUAGUCCUAGCAAAAACAGUAAGUACAACAUAAUCCCUGACGUUAUGGAUAACGAAAACCGGUCUAUACUUCAGUAUGCAUUUUUGCAACCGUUACAGGCGGAGGACUUAGUGAAAAUCGAUUAUAUAGGCUAUGAUUCGUUUACAUCAUCGCUGUUACAUGCUCUAGAAGUUUCGAACCAUAAUCUACUACGCAGGGAUAUUUAUGGCAGAAACUUUUUACAUUACGCAAGCUUAGGUGGAAAUUACUUUGCAUUUGUACAUGCUAAAGAUUCAAAAGUUAUUCGGUCCAUGUUUGGAGACCUGCUUCAACAAAAAGAUAUAUAUGGUAAAACUACUUUCGAACUUGCAUUUGAAGCCAUGUCAGAGCAUGAUUUGUUUGAACCAUUUAAAAUGCCUAAUAAUUGCAGUUUGAAUGAUAUAUUUUCAUCUUCUUGA